AUUAGAUAAAUAACGAGGUGCAAACGACGGUCAUUCACCUUCCACUUCGAGUGGUUACGGUUGGAUGAACGAUACCAUUAAAUAGACAUAGAUCAAUCUUAUUACAAACGCGCACACGAUUUCUUGUGUUAUCUGCGGGAUUCGCCCUUUGGUGGGUGUAGGGUUGUGUGAAUCUAAAGGGAUAGCAUAAUCUGCUGGGGACUACACCUUAUGAAGUGGAGGUCACUGUUUUGGAUCUCCUCCUCCCAUUGAGGCCGGGUUCACUCAUAAAAAGGCAGCUGCUAUGGUUUGUUUGUUUUUCCCUUUCUCCUCAAUUAAUGAAGAAAGCUAUCUGGAGAUACGGAUUGAGCACAUUCUGUAUGAAGGAUAACUUUAAGAGUUUUGCUAUUUACAAGCAAAUUCGCAUAAUAAUCUGUGUACCAAUACUGAUUCCUUUAUAUUCAAAAUUUAAAUUAGCACUAUUUUCAAUAAAGUAUACUUUUUGAACAAUCACAUUAGAUUGGUGCACAGAUUAGUGCGCAGUUGUGCUUGCAACUAGAUUUUUCCUAACUUUAACUCUACAAACCUUGUUGUGACAUCCCCACCCUGCGAUAAAUGUGAUAGUUCAAGGAUUUGAAUAUAAUUGGUGCAGGCUUGAGCAAGGGUAUGAUAUGAAUCUCUUGUUGUAAUUUUUGUCAUCAUAAUUGUUUCAUGUUGGUGCUAAACUUACGCAACAUGUCACAUGCUUAGCCCAAAGUAGUGUCAUAUGUUACUGGCAAAGGUUGCUACUCAUUACAGAAAGAUAAGAGGGACGAAGACGAUGAAGAGUUUAGCAGAUGCAGGACUUUUGGAUCGGAUCAAUGGUUCUGCACGUCUCAUGAUAGUUUCUGAUCUUGACUCUACAAUGGUUGAUCAUGAUGAUUCAGAGAACCUUUCCCUUCUUAGAUUUAAUGCACUAUGGGAAGCCUAUUAUCGUCAUGAUUCUUUGCUUGUGUUUUCAACGGGAAGGUCACCUACAAGUUACCAGAAGCUGAGGAAUAAGAAACCUUUAUUAACCCCUGAUAUAACCAUACUGUCCGUGGGAACUGAGAUUACAUAUGGUGAAUCAAUGGUACCAGAUACUGGCUGGACACAUCAUCUUAACCGGAAGUGGAACAGAGACAUAGUUGUAGAGGAAACAGCUAAGUUUCCUGAACUUGCUCCUCAGAAUUUUGUGGGCUUAUUGCAGUCAGAAACUCAACAACGUCCUCACAAGGUUAGCUUUUUUGUGGAGAAGGUCAAGGCUUUGGAAAUAAUGAGUUUUCUGUCCGAGCAUUUGGAGAAACGUGGUCUUGAUGUAAAAAUAAUUUAUAGCUCUGGGAUUGCAUUGGACAUAUUACCAAAAAGUGCUGGCAAAGGGGAGGCUCUAGCAUAUCUGCUUCAAAAUUUUGAAGUUGAUGGAAAAGUACCUUUACAUACACUUGUUUGUGGCGACUCCGGAAAUGAUAGUGAAAUGUUCACCAUUCCCAAAGUCCAUGGUGUGAUGGUUAGCAAUGCACAAGAUGAAUUUUUGCAGUGGUAUAAACAAAAUGCAAAGAACAAUCCCAAUAUAAUUCAUGCCACUGAGAGAUGUGCGGCUGGGAUCAUACAAGCCAUUGGUAAUUUCUGUCUAGGUCCAAAUGUGUCUCCGAGAGAUAUCAAAGACUUUAAAAAAUGCAAUGUGGACAUCUUCAGCCCUGGUCAUGAAGUGGUGAAGUUUUAUUUGCUUUAUGAGCGAUGGCGACGUGCAGAAGUUGACAAAUCCGAACAGUUUGUGAAAAAUUUGAAGUCAGGCUUUUGUCCAUUUGGAAUAUUUGUCCAUCCCUCAGGAAUUGAGCAGCCUUUCCAUCAGUGUCUAGAUUAUAUGGCAAAGCUGUAUGGGGACAAGACGGAACACCAAUUCCGGGUAUGGGUGGAUCGAGUAUCUUCCGCACAAAUUGGCUCAGACACAUGGUUGGUGAGGUUUUAUAAGUGGGAGUUAUCUGGGGAUGAGCGGCAGUGCUGUGUGACGACAGUUUUAAUGAGUUUAAAGCCAGAUGGAUUCACCUGGGUGCACAUGCACCAGACAUGGCUGGAAGGUUCUAGAGCAAGAGACCAGACAGCCUGGUGUUUCUAGGUUGCCAAUCAAGUCACCAUUGAUCCUCCAAUAAAUCUUUCCUGGUAAUUUUUAUGUAAUAGUUAUCUGCAUCUUUGUUUGUUGCACUGUUAAAAGUUAAAACUAUGCUGGAUGGAGGGAGUAAAAUCAUCCUGAUCUGCCUCCAAUUUCUCAGUAUUUCUUUGCAGUCACAUGAUUGAAUGUAAGGCAACAACUACCAAGUACAGCAACUCUUGUUUUGCAACUCUUAAAUUAAACUCAAUAAACAAUAUGCAAUCUCAUCAAAAUUUGAUUC